AUGUCUUCGCCACUCGCCGCAGACCAGUCCCGCUUGGACCCAUCUAUGCCAGUGCGGGAUCAUGGAUCCUUCGCGUCUUUCCACGCACCCAGCCAAGCAGAACUGCAAGAUCACCGCAAACAGGACACUGUUUACAUUGGACUUCACCUGCCCCGUCAAGAUCGCAGACAUCGACAUAAACACCACAAGAGCCACAAGCGUGAGGAGCCGCCUCGUUCUACAGGCAGUGCUAAUCAGUUCCAAGAAGCUGCCCCGCCCUCACAGAGAGUUCAGUUCCUGCUGGGCGAAGAAGAGGAUGAAGAUCAUCGAACUCAUGACAUUUUCUGUGAGAUGGCAGAACUCUUCCCUGCUGGAGAUGACAAAGAGUGGAAAGAAACAGCCAGAUGGAUCAAGUUUGAGGAGGAUGUGGAGGAGGGCGGAGAGAGAUGGUCCAAGCCUCAUGUGGCCACCUUGUCUCUGCAUUCACUGUUUGAGCUUCGCUGCAGUCUGCUACAGGGCACCUGUAUGCUGGAGGUGGAUGCGCUAACUAUAGAACAGAUAGCUGACAUGAUACUGGACAACAUGAUUGCUGCCAAGCAGCUGGAGGAACACCUGCGGGACCAGGUGCGCAACACCAUCCUCUGCAGACACAGACAUCAGAAUGAGAAGCGGCGACAUCCAGAGAAAGAGGGAGGUAGCCGCAUGCAUUUACCUUUUGUGCGAUCACUUGCUGACAUUGGCAAGAAGUACUCCGAGCCAAAGACGUUGUUACACACUGAUGAACAUCCUUUCGGAGCUAAAAGCACCCCAAACAUCCAGGAUUUCAAUGAGAAGAAGGAUGAGGAGAAGGGCUUGACUGUCAACAGCAGCUUCCCCCAAGGGUUGCCCAGCACCGGGGAUCUGUCAGAGAUGUCCUCACACAAGGAUAGAGGUAUGCCUAAAGUUCCUUCAAUGAGG